AUUAUACGGAGUGUCUCCGAAAUCGAUUGACUGAAAAUUUUUGUCGAGCAAGGUCUACAGAGACAGAAGAAUGGUAGUGAAGGAACUGACGUCGAAAACAGACUUUGAUCACGCUAUCCAAGCAGAUAAGUUGGUCGUCAUAGACUUCUAUGCAACUUGGUGUGGACCUUGUAGAAUGAUUUCUCCCUACCUCGAAGAACUUUCUUCGGACGCUACUUUGAACGAAAAGGGUGUCCUUUUCUACAAAGUCGACGUUGACAAGUUAGCCGAUGUUGCACAAGAAGUUGGUAUCACGGCGAUGCCCACUUUUAUUUGUUAUAGGAAAGGGAAGAAGGUGGAAGAGCUGGUUGGGGCCUCAAAGGACCGACUAAAGCAUAUGAUAGAAAAAAACGCCUAGUUCGUUUUUACUUUUGAAGUAUUCAAAUCGUUUAGUAUUUGUUUCUUUUUGAAAUAUGUGGUACUUUUGUUGUUAUUUUGUUUUGGCGUGAAUAUGGGUUGAUAAAGGUAACAUUUCAACCACUCAAUAUGCGUUACAGCACUCGUCAGUAUUUACCAAAAAGUUCCUGUGGUGGUCUCCUAAUACUUUGAAAAUUACCUAGAAAACUACUUUCCUGUCUCGAAGUCAGGAUUUAUCUCCCAAGUGGUAAAAUGUGUGAUAUGUCUAAAACGAAAACAAGUAUUCAUAUGUAUUCCUGAUCACAACAACGACUCAACAAUAUCUGUUGAAGCUCCUUAUGUCGAAGGUAGUGGAGAAUAAUGUGACAAGUCUAUCUUUACCAACUCACUUGUAAGCAUUGUCUCAAGAAACAGAAACCGAAGAAAUGUAAAUGUUCUCCUUUCGGAAAGAUUGAAAGUUUCAUAGAAUGUCAUACGAAACGGCCCAAGUAAAGAGAAGAGAACCUCA